CCGCUGGCGCUUCUCGGGCGCUAGGGGGCGCGCGGCCGUGCGGGAGCCGCACUGGGCCGCGGCGGCCGCUCGACUGUUCUGAGGAGCGGCCCGGACGCGCGCCGCCCCCGCCCGCGUUCCCCCGGCAACCCGCGGCCGCCGCCAUGGACGCGCUGUUGGGCACAGGGCCUCGCCGGGCUCGCGGCUGCCUGGGCGCGGCUGGACCCACGUCUUCAGGUCGCGCGGCGCGGACCCCGGCGGCGCCCUGGGCGCGCUUCUCCGCCUGGCUGGAGUGCGUGUGCGUGGUCACCUUCGACCUGGAGCUGGGCCAGGCGCUGGAGCUGGUGUAUCCGAACGACUUCCGGCUCACAGACAAGGAGAAAAGCAGCAUCUGCUACCUGUCUUUUCCCGACUCGCACUCAGGCUGUCUUGGAGACACUCAGUUCAGCUUCCGCAUGCGCCAGUGUGGAGGGCAGAGGAGCCCCUGGCAUGCCGACGACAGGCACUACAACAGCAGGGCCCCUGUGGCACUGCAGGUGGUCUGGAUGGGGCGUGCCUGGCUAACACCAUGCUCCUUCCAGAGGGAGCCGGCACACUACUUCGGCUACGUGUACUUCAGGCAGGUGAAGGACAGCUCUGUGAAGAGGGGCUACUUCCAGAAGGCCCUAGGGUCCAGCCCCACCGGCCGCCACCCAGGGAGUUCGGUGUUGGGUUUUCUCCUGUCUAAUAAUUCUGGGGUCCAAGUCAGGCGUUCCCGGGGCAGCUGUCCUGUGAAGUUGGUGGGACGUGCUACCCUGGGCCAGCUCCAGUCUUUGGUGCUGGUGUCCCGCUUGCCCUUUGUCCGGCUGUUCCAAGCGCUGCUAAGCCUCAUUGCCCCCGAGUACUUUGACAAGCUGGCGCCCUGCCUGGAAGCAGUGUGCAGUGAGAUCGACCAGUGGCCGGCGCCUGCGCCUGGGCAGACCCUGAACCUACCUGUCAUGGGCGUUGUUGUCCAGGUGCGCAUCCCAUCCAGGGUGGACAAGUCCGAGUCCAGUCCUCCGAAGCAGUAUGACCAAGAGAACCUGCUGCCAGCCCCAGUGGUUCUUGCUAGCGUCCACGAGCUGGACCUGUUCAGGUGCUUCCGGCCUGUGCUGACUCAUAUGCAGACACUGUGGGAGCUCAUGCUCCUCGGGGAGCCCCUGCUAGUCCUGGCACCCUCGCCCGACGUGUCCUCGGAGAUGGUGCUGGCCUUGACCAGCUGCCUGCAGCCCCUCAGGUUCUGCUGUGACUUCCGUCCCUACUUCACCAUCCAUGACAGCGAGUUCAAGGAGUUCACCACACGCACGCAGGCCCCACCAAACGUGGUCCUGGGAGUCACAAACCCUUUCUUUAUCAAAACACUCCAGCACUGGCCCCACAUCCUCCGAGUCGGGGAGCCCAAGAUGUCAGGAGACCUGCCUAAGCAAGUCAAGCUGAAAAAGCCUUCAAGGUUGAAGACCCUGGACACCAAGCCAGGCCUCUACACCGCUUACACGGCCCACCUCCACCGCGACAAGGCGCUGCUCAAACGGCUGCUCAAGGGCGUGCAGAAGAAGCGGCCGUCAGAUGUGCAGAGCGCCCUGCUGCGGCGGCACCUCCUGGAGCUCACCCAGAGCUUCAUCAUCCCCCUGGAGCACUACAUGGCCAGCCUCAUGCCCCUGCAGAAGAGCAUCACGCCCUGGAAGACUCCCCCCCAGAUCCAGCCCUUCAGCCAGGAUGACUUCCUGCGUAGCCUGGAGCAUGCUGGGCCCCAGCUCACCUGCAUCCUCAAGGGCGACUGGCUGGGUCUCUACAGGCGGUUUUUCAAGUCCCCCCAUUUUGAUGGCUGGUACCGGCAGCGGCACAAGGAGAUGGCCCUGAAGCUGGAGGCCCUGCACCUGGAGGCUAUUUGUGAGGCGAACAUCGAGACCUGGAUGAAAGACAAGUCCGAGGUGGAGGUCGUGGACCUGGUCCUGAAACUUCGUGAGAAGCUGGUGCGGGCUCAGGGCCACCAGCUCCCUGUGAAGGAGGCUACGCUGCAGCGGGCACAGCUGUACAUCGAGACGGUCAUCGGCUCCCUGCCCAAAGACCUGCAGGCUGUCUUGUGCCCUCCCUAGAACAGAGCCAAGGGCCACGGUCCCAGGGCCCUAGCUGAGCCUCCCACUCCCCAGUGGUGGCGGCACUGGGCCAAGCACACGCUCCCCUUCCUUGGCCCCCCGCCCAGACUGCAGGCUCCCCUUCCUGCACCACCAUUGUCUCAGCAGUAAAGGUGACAUUUGGAACCACA